GAUCAAUGCAGGUUCACCAACCUACUAUUCUUAUUACUGAAAACUGAAGACUGAUAGCAGUCCGCUUAAAUUAAAGGUAUGUGUUACAGUUAUGAAGUUAUCGGACCUGAAAAUAAAUCGACAGCCUUUAGAUCGUUCUCGAACAAGAGCAAUCAUAUCAAGGGUAACUAGUUUAAUUGAAGAAGCCGAAAAAGUCAAAGUUGAUUCAAUGGAAGGUGAAGCUGAUGAUGGUCGAUACAUUGAAUUAGAUUUGCUAAUACCUUCCGGUGAAAACGAAGAACAAUUGAAACUUCCAGUCAAUUUUUCAGGCUCAUCAUCUGAGAAUGAAGAUUCAUCUUCAGAAUCAGAAAGCGAAUUUCGUGAAGUAAUAAUGCCAUCUCCAGUUAGACUUAGUUCAGCAGUUUCACCUCCUUGUACAUCUCGCAAACUUAUUGAAGAACUAAAAUCUGUUUGUACUGAUGAUUGUAUAAUAUAAGAUCACUUGU